UUGACAGGUUCACCGAAGUUUUCACUAACAUGGUUUGUCGAUUUGGCUCAUGACAAUACAAAACUGCUGUACCGUAGCGACUAUGAACUGUACGACUUCUUUCUAAAAAAUAGAGAUGCGCUGAACAACUCCUUCAUAUUUUUCUUCGGUGAUCAUGGGCCACGAUUCGGUUCGGAAGCUUAUACCGGAUUCGGUAUUCGUGAGCAGAACAAUCCCUUUCUCUAUGUCGUGUUGCCAAAGCACUUGCGACAUACAAAAGUUUCAUCAGCAGAUGUUGGCAAACAGCCAAGAACUCGUCACUCAUCACGAUCUACACUCCACCUUCGAGGAUAUUCUCUAUGUGAGAUUUUACAACGUUCCCUUUCCAACCUCAGACUUACUUAG